AUGUUCAAUCUUUUUCUCGUUGUUCUGCUCGUCGGAAAUCUCGGGUCGCAUAUGUUCGUAGAUGCCAAUGCUUUCGACUGCACUUACGGUUGGAACAUACCAAAGCCGGGGGAAAAGAAGUAUUUGUGUCAAUCAUAUACCAAAAAUGCCGACCCGGUUUACCAUUAUUGUGAUUGGUGUGGAAGGAAUGAUGGACUGAUACCAGCUGCUGUUGACUGUGUAGACCCCAAUGGAGUUCUAAUGGCCCCGAAGAUAAAAGUACUUUGUAAUGUCGCAAUUUAUCAAGGUGACGGGGACAGACCUAUUGAGUGCUUGCAUCGGGACCCGGAUCAUGUUGUGAGAACGUAUCAUUGCGCGACUCAAGUUGUGUUUCAACAAUGUCCUCAAGAUAAGUGUAACACGCAGAACCACGCCAAUUCUUGA